CAACGAAAACACCACCACCAGCGACAACAAAAAGUAGUACUGUAGCUAUAAAAGAAAAUAAAUAAAAAAAAAUACAUGCAAAAAAGAAAUUAUUGUAGUGGAAAAAACAACGCCUGUUUUUUUGAAUCUCUUCGCAGAAACAACGGUGGUUGAAUCUCUCUCUGUCUUCCUCUUUCCCACUUUGCUCUGUUCACCAAAACCCAAAUUGGGGUUUUGCAACGAACAAACAAAAAAAAUGUGCCACUAUUUUUCUCUGCAAUUAGCGUGAGACAGAGAUAAGGAUUUGGGUUUUUUUUUUUUUUUUUCCUUUUUUUUCUAGGAUUUUCUUUGACUCUUUUAGGAUUUCAGUAAUGGGUGGUGGUUGUUAUUUUGUUAUAAAAUGGUACCAUCUUCACGGGGCCUUGAAAUUGCUUGUUCUCUUCUGGGUCUUCUUUAUAGCUCACUCCUAUGUGGUUGUAGGCGACGAUUCGGAAAAAUUGGCACUGUUACAGUUCAAGAGUUCAGUUUCAGACCCUUCAGGAGUGCUUACGAGCUGGAACUCGACUAAUUCUGACCACUGUUCGUGGUUUGGAGUCACCUGCGAUUCAAAUUAUCGGGUUUCGGUCAUCAACAUCACAGGCGGAGGUCACGGAGGUAAUUCUGGUUCUUUCUCUUGUGAUAAAUUUGCUCAAUUUCCAUUUUAUGGGUUCGGUAUUAGGAGAACUUGUUUGCAUAGUAAUGUAAAAUUAGUGGGUAUGCUUUCACCUGCCAUUGCAAAGCUUACAGAACUGAGGGUUCUAUCUUUUCCAUUCAAUGACUUGAAUGGUGAAAUACCUGUUGAACUAUGGGGUAUUGAAAAGUUAGAAGUUCUUGAUCUCGAAGGGAAUUCGAUUAGCGGGUCGUUGCCAUCUCAUUUCAGGGCUUUACGAAAUUUAAGUGUUCUCAAUUUGGGGUUUAAUGAGAUUGUAGGGGAGAUACCUUAUUCACUGUCAGAUUUGGUGAGUUUAGAAAUCUUAAAUUUAGCGGGGAAUAAACUAAAUGGGACAAUCCCAGGGUUUUUUGGUGGAUUUAGAGAUCUGAGGGAGCUUUACUUGUCAUUUAAUCGACUCAGUGGGUCGAUUCCGAGUGAAAUUGGGGAUAAUUGUGGGAAACUCGAGCAUUUAGAGCUUUCGGGUAAUUCCUUGGUCGGUGGGAUUCCGAGCAGUUUGGGGAAUUGCAGUGGGUUGCAGUCGCUUUUGUUGUAUUCUAAUAAGCUGGAAGGGGUCAUUCCGGUUGAACUUGGUCGGUUGGACAAGCUUGAAGUGUUGGAUGUUUCAAGGAACAGCCUUAGUGGUUUGAUACCUCCUGAGCUUGGAAAUUGUUCUGAACUAUCUGUCCUUGUAUUCUCAAAUUUGUUUGAUCCUCUUUCUAAUAUUACUAACUCAGAAAGGGAUUCCUCAUUCGGCCACUCUAUCUCUACCAAAGAUGAAUUUAAUUACUUUGAAGGUGCCAUUCUUGAGGAAAUUAUGACUCUUCCAAAGCUCAGAAUAAUGUGGGCGCCGAGGGCAACUCUAGAGGGAAGGUUGCCAAAGAAUUGGGGUGUUUGUGACAACUUGGUGAUGGCGAACUUUGCUCAGAAUUUUUUCACUGGAGAAAUAUCCGAGGGAUUAAGUCACUGCAGCAAGCUCCAGUUUUUAGAUUUGAGCUCAAACAGACUGGCAGGGGAGCUUAGUGAGAAACUUCCGGUUCCUUGUAUGACUGUCUUUGAUGUCAGUGGGAAUUGCCUUUCAGGUUCAAUCCCUAAAUUUGAUUCCAGUAGUUGCUUACAUGCUCCUUCAUUGAGUGUAUAUCCUUCUGAACUUCAUGAAUUAUCAUAUGCAUAUCAGUCAUUUUUUGUGUAUAGAACUCAUCUUAGAACCCUUCUGCCAUUUUUUGAAGAUAGUGGUGGUCUUACAGUUUUUCAUAAUUUUGGAGGGAACAACUUUACUGGCACUUUCCAGUCAGUACUGCUUGCACCUGAUAGAUUAGGAAAACGUACUGUCUAUGCAUUUCUUGCUGCUGACAACAAGCUUGCCGGACCAUUUCCCAGGGACUUAUUUGAGAAAUGCGACGGACUUCAUUCAAUGAUUGUGAAUGUUAGCAACAACAGAAUAUCUGGUCAAAUUCCUGUAAGAAUCGGUGCAGUGUGCAGAUCUCUUAAACUUUUGGAUGCCUCCGGGAAUCAGAUUAGUGGGACCUUACCUCCUACUUUUGGAGAUUUUGCGUCUCUUGUUGCUCUUAAUUUGAGUUGGAAUCUGUUGCAAGGUCCAAUUCCAAGCAGCUUCAGCCUGAUAAGCAAUCUCAAGUGUCUUUCUUUGGCUGGUAAUAACCUUACUAGCUCUAUCCCUACAAGCUUAGGGCAGCUGCACUCAUUAGAAGUGCUUGAACUUUCUUCUAACUCUCUUUCUGGUGAGAUUCCAAAAGGUCUUGUGAAUUUGAGAAAUCUGACUGUUCUUCUGCUCAACUACAAUAAACUCUCGGGGCAGAUACCCUCUGGUCUGGUGAAUGUGACAAUGCUCUCAGCAUUCAAUGUGUCCUUCAAUAACUUGUCUGGGCCGCUGCCACUGAAUGGUAAUUUGAUGAAAUGCAGUAGUGUCCUAGGAAAUCCUUUACUACAGCCUUGCAAUAUGGUCUCUUUAACAGUGCCAUCUUCAGAUCCGCAAGGGAGGGUUGGGAAUUCACAGAAUUAUGCUGCCUCUCCAACCUCAAGUUCAGCCCAGAGAAGUGGGAGUAGUGGCUUAAGUUUGAUCGAGAUUGCAUCCAUAACAUCUGCAUCAGCCAUUGUAUCAGUUCUUCUUGCUCUGAUUGUCCUCUUCAUUUACAUCAGAAAAUGCAACCCAAGGCCCAGAAUUUGUGUGGCUGCCAUGAAGGAAGUUACGGUCUUCACUGAUCUUAGGGUUCCAUUGACGUAUGAAAAUGUUGUGCAGGCCACAGGAUGUUUUAAUGCAAGCAACUGCAUUGGGAGUGGAGGUUUUGGGGCAACUUAUAAGGCCGAGAUUUCCCCAGGAGUCUUGGUGGCAAUAAAACGGCUUGCAGUUGGACGGUUCCAAGGGGUUCAACAGUUCGAUGCAGAAAUAAGAACCCUAGGGAGGCUCCAUCAUCCGAAUCUUGUCACCCUGAUAGGUUAUCAUGCAAGUGAAACAGAGAUGUUCCUUAUAUAUAAUUAUUUGCCUGGUGGUAAUUUGGAAAAUUUCAUCCAGGAAAGGUCUACAAGGGCUGCCGAUUGGAGGAUACUUCACAAGAUUGCUUUGGACAUAGCCCAUGCACUUGCAUACCUACAUGACCAGUGUGAGCCACGUGUCCUCCAUCGUGAUGUCAAGCCUAGUAAUAUCUUGUUGGACGAUGACCACAAUGCUUACUUGUCCGACUUUGGAUUGGCUAGGCUCCUUGGAACUUCAGAAACUCAUGCCACUACAGGUGUGGCUGGAACAUUUGGUUAUGUGGCUCCAGAAUAUGCUAUGACUUGCCGAGUUUCAGACAAAGCUGAUGUCUACAGUUAUGGGGUGGUGCUGCUUGAGUUAAUCUCAGACAAGAAAGCUCUGGAUCCGUCAUUCGCUUCUUACGGGAAUGGCUUCAAUAUUGUCAUGUGGGCGCGCUUGCUUCUACAACAUGGCCGUGCCAAGGAGUUCUUCACUCCGGGGUUAUGGGAGGUAGGUCCCCAUGAUGAUUUGGUUGAGGUGUUAGACUUGGCUGUUGCAUGUACUGUCGAUUCUCUCUCAACCAGGCCUACGAUGAAGCAAGUCGUACAAUGGCUGAAACAACUUCAACCUCCAUCUGUUUGUCUGAUGAAGGUUUCAGCUACUUAAAUAGUGAUGUGUAGAAGGUAGAAGCCCAGUUAUUCUUUGUGCUUGGAAUUCUUCAUUGCAGGGUCAUGCGAUGCGGGUCUUCAUGAUGAUUUGGUAGAAAUGUUACACUUGGGCAUCGCGUACUGUCUCAACCAGGCUUACAAUUAAGCAAGUUGUAAAAUGGCGGAAGUUACUUCAAUCUCCAUUUGGUUAACUGCCUGAUGGUUAUCGGAUGCAGGUCUCCAUAAUGAUCUGUAGAAGUGUUACAGCUGGCCAUUUUUGUAUACUUGCUACUCUCUCUCAACGAGGUCUAGGCCAACAAAUGAUGGUGUACGACGGCUAAAGCAACUCCAAUCUCCAUCUGUUUAACCACCAGAAGGCAACAACUGAUUAACAUAGUGAUCAUGUUGUAAUUUGUGUUCAUGUUUUGGAUGUUAUUUCUGAUGAGGUUCUGUUAGCUCUGUCCUUAGAUUCCCCUCUUGCGGUGUCUUUGAAUUGAGGGAGUUGGAAGGAAAAGAAGGACAAGGGAAAUGUUCAUGUUUGUCUUCAGAAUGAGAAGUGAAGGGAAGGGUGAGAUUUUGCUAUCCUUUCGGAGUGGGAGAAAAUGGAGAGAUAGAUGUCCCUAUUUUUCAUAGAAAGCCAAUUCCGAAACAAGAAAAUGGGUAUAAACAAAAUCUUACCUUUCUUUUAUCUUAAGCUAAGGUCAUUAUUUAUUUUCAUUUCCUUUCUCCUUAGUCCUACAUGUAAAUUAUAAUAUAAUUUUGCUACAUUGCGGAAGCUGGUAUCGCUCAACGUUGCUAUUUUGUUUCUGUUUGGCAUAGAUUAUAUAGGCUAAUUAUUAGUCAUAAGUUACAGGAAAACUGUUUGGGUAAAACUUGGAAAUGUGAUCUUAUUGUCUUUAGUUCAUUUACUGAUAAGGCUAGUUGGUUGAAUGCAGUUUGCGUAGAAA